AAAAAAAUCAACUGGUCAAAUAUUCGUACUGUAUAUUUCAUAUAGCCUUCAAGAUAACAGUCCUGGUGUCAGCUGUCGUCAUUUAGAGAUGGGAUCGGAGUCCAAUAACGGCGAGGUGAUAUUGGGUGUCGACGGAGGCGCCACUUCCACAGUCUGCGUUUGCCUGCCACUCCUACGGCUACCCGACAUUCCAGAUCCUCUUCCCAUCCUUGGCCGUGCCCUUACCGGUUGCUCUAACCAGAAUAGCGUCGGUGAACAUGCGUCAAAGGAAGCACUUGUAAAGGUCAUGGAAGAAGCACUUUCAAUUUCUGGAAAGAAACAAUCAUGUGUACGAGCAGUCUGUUUGGGAUUAUCUGGUAUAAAUCACCCAAGCGAUCAGCAAAAAAUGUUGAACUGGUUGAGGAACAUUUUCCCAAGUGAUGUAAAGGUAUAUGUUCACAAUGAUGCUGUAGCUGCUCUUGCAAGCGGGACCAUGGGGAAACUUUCUGGAUGUGUCCUGAUUGCUGGUACAGGAAGCAUUUGUUAUGGUUUUACUGAAGAUGGCCGGGAAGCCCAUGCUGCUGGGGCAGGACCUGUAUUAGGUGAUUGGGGGAGUGGUUAUGGCAUUGCUGCUAAAGGUUUAACAGCAGUUGUGAGAGCUCAUGAUGGUCGAGGUGCAGAGACUAUGCUCACAAGACACAUUUUACAGUGGCUUGGUCUUUCUUCGCCCGAAGAACUCAUACGGUGGACCUAUGCAGAUUUAUCUUGGGCUCGAAUUGCCGCAAUUGUUCCAGUAGUAGUAUCCUGUGCUGAGGAUGGUGAUGUCGUUGCAAAUGAAAUUUUAAAUAAUGCAGUGAAUGAGUUGGCUGAUAGUGUAAGAGCUGUUGUUCAAAGACUAGGCUUGGCUGGUAAAGGUAACAAUGAUUCUUUCCCACUUGUCAUGGUUGGUGGUGUUCUGGAAGCCGACAGGAAAUGGAACAUAGGGGAGGAAGUUACAAAUUCAAUUCUAAAGACCUACCCAAGGGCUUCUAUUAUUCGACCUAAGGUACUCUUUGAAUCCAUCACUUUGCAAUGCAAUAUACAAGGUAGUCUAGAUUAUGCCUUUGCCCAAGCCUCCUCCUCUUAUGGGUAUGCCGUGAUGUUGUAUGAAGAUAUUUAGUGACUCCUCAGGUUGAGCCUGCAGUAGGUGCUGCUUUUUUGGCUAUGGAUUUCAUACUCAAAGAAGCCGAAGUUAGUGCUCGCAGGUGACCCUCAAUACACGAUGUACAGAUAGUAAUGAUAAAAAAAAAACUGUAUAGUAAUUCAACUCAAUUGGAGCGAACGCGUGUUUGGGCAGUUCUAUUCCAAAUCUGCAUUUUCUUGUAUUACAAUUUACUAUAGUGCCUUGCACAGUGUAACCCUUAUGGCCUUAUGGGUCAUUGUCAUCCCGUCUUGUUGGACACAGUUAACGUUUGGUGACCUCUUAUUUCUACUUGACGUUCCUGUCAACCUGAUUUUUUCAGCCAAAAAUUAAUGUUUGAUUGUAUGGGUUGGAUUUGUUUAUAAUGGAAUUAACUAAAUUGACGAC